AUGGCAAAGUUACUGUGUGGAGUUGCAUUGCUGCCACUACUUAUAUGCAUAUUGGUGACUGCUCCUUGUGUCAUAAAUGCAACCAUAACUUGUGGUCAGGUUACAGCUUUGCUCACUCCAUGCAUACCCUAUGGAAUUUUUGGAGGCACAGUGCCACCAGAUUGCUGCAAAGGUAUCAAAGGGCUCAAUGCUGCACAGAACGCCAGUGUGGCGGAUCGAAGAACUGCAUGCAGUUGCAUUCAAGAAGGGGCUGCUAGGAUCCCUGGGAUUAAUUAUGACCGAAUUAACACUCUUGGUGAUGUUUGUGGCUCUCCCUGUCCUUACAAAGUUUACCCUUCUACUAAUUGCUCUGAGGUAAGCUGA